UUUUCUUAUCGUGAGCUAGAGUGUGGGUUUUUCGUUCCAGAUGCCUGGUGGUGUGACAGUAAAAGACGUUUGUCCUCACGAAUUCAUCAGGGCUUUGGCAGCCCAUCUGAAGAAGGGUGGCAAGCUGAAGGUACCAGAAUGGGUUGAUCUGGUAAAAACAGCCAAAAGCAGGGAACUUGCUCCUUAUGAUCCAGAUUGGUACUUCAUCAGGGCAGCAUCAAUCCUUCGUCAUGUGUACCUUCGUAAUGGUAUUGGUGUUGGUCACCUAACCCGCGUUUAUGGAGGACGUAAGCGACGUGGUGUGAGGCCAAGCCACUUUGAGCGUAGUUCAUCAUCUGUUGCUCGCAAUAUUAUGAAAGGCCUUGAACAACUGAAACUGAUAGAGAAGGAUAACAGUGGUGGCCGAUCAAUCACCAGUCAAGGACAGCGGGACUUGGACCGUAUCGCUUGCCAGGUUAUGUCAAGUGCUUAAAACCAAAGCCAAAACAUGUAAAAUUUCAACAAAAAAUAAAGAAAUCUGUUUUACAGUGAUUCAAGAUGAA